AUCAGCAGCUUGCUAAGUAGGAGACAACUCGUUCCAUGAGAUGAAAGCCUCGACAGAUCUCUGCACUAACCGACACGUCGUUUCGUAAUUUCCGUUUUGAAUCUCGGAAAGUAGAGUGAAAAAGGAGAACCCGAAGUAGCCACUGUGUUGAGUUACAUAAGCCCUUUUACCAGAGUGAAGAAUCAGUCAUCCCUAAUUACUAAUUUUAUUGGAAAUUGAAUUGCAGAUUUCUUCUAAUUUUCCAAUCUCAGCUGCUGUGCAGGAAGGCUCCAAUCUCUCUCUCUAGUUGUAAACUACAGGAAUUGAGAAAGCAAAAAGAAGAAUCGAGGAGGAGAAAUGUCGGUGCAGGAAUACCUAGAUAAGCACAUGCUCUCUCGUAAAAUCGAAGACGCCGUCAAUGCGGCCGUCAGGGCCAAAACUCCCGAUCCUGUUCUCUUCAUAUCAAAUCACAUGAGAAAAGUGGUUCCGUCAGUGAUAACGAAAAUAAAAGGGAGGCAGAUCCUGGAUAGCAGAGGGAUUCCUACUGUUGAAGUUGACUUGUUCACCAACAAAGGCAGCUUCCGUGCAUCUGUUCCUAGCGGUCAUGUUACUGGCAUGUAUGAAGCUGUUGAACUGAGAGAUGGGGACAAAGGAAUGUAUCUCGGAAACAGUGUGACUAGAGCUGUUAAGAACAUUAAUGAGAAGAUAUCUGAAACACUGAUUGGCAUGGACCCGACACUUCAGUCUCAAAUUGAUCAGGCUAUGAUAGACUUGGACAAAACAGAAAAAAAGGGUCAACUUGGAGCAAAUGCUAUGUUAGCUGUGUCAAUUGCUGCAUGCAAAGCUGGAGCCGCUGAAAAGGAGAUUCCACUUUACAAACACAUUUCUGAUCUUUCCGGCAAAACCAACCCGACUCUUCCUGUCCCAGCUUUCACUGUCAUAAGUGGUGGAAAACAUGCAGGGAACAAUCUAGCCAUUCAGGAAAUCAUGAUUCUUCCAAUUGGAGCCAGCAGAUUUGAGGAGGCACUACAAAUGGGUUCUGAAACAUACCAUCAUCUAAAGGCUGUUAUAAAAGAAAAAUAUGGUGAACAAGGAUGCAAUGUUGGUGAAGAUGGUGGUUUUUCUCCAAACUUAUCCAGUGUUCAAGAAGGAUUGAAUCUUGUUAAAGAGGCUAUCAGCAGAACAGGGUACAGUGAGAAAAUUAAGAUGGCCAUUGAUGUCGCUGCUACCACCUUUUGCAUAGGUACCAAGUAUGAUUUGGACUACAAAUUCCAAAAUAAAUCUGGGCAGAAUUUCAAGUCAGGAGAUGAUAUGAUUAAGAUGUACGAAGAACUAUGUGCUGCGUACCCAAUUGUUUCGAUUGAAGAUCCAUUUGAUAAGGAGGAUUGGGAACAUGUCAAGCGUUUCUCUGACCUUGGACUUUGUCAGGUAUGUUCAUUAAAUUUGGGUUUAUCUUUUGUUUACAUACAUACGAGGAGCUGUAAAAGGAUUUGUUCUCAGGUUGUAGGGGAUAACUUAUUGAUGUCAAAUCACAAACGUAUUGAAAGAGCAAUACAUGAGUCCAGUUGCACUGCACUUCUUCUCAAGGUAAAUCAGAUUGGGACAGUAACAGAAGCCCUUGAAGUGGUGAAGCUGGCAAAGGAUGCCCACUGGGGUGUGGUGGUAUCUCAUAGAAGUGGAGAAACAGAAGAUUCUUUUAUAGCUGAUUUAUCUGUUGGCCUUGCCAUGGGUCAGAUCAAAACAGGCGCUCCUUGCAGGGGAGAGCGACUAGCAAAAUACAACCAGUUGCUUCGGAUUGAGGAAGAACUGGGUGAUCAAGCAGUUUAUGCAGGUGAAGAUUGGAGAGCAACCUGAUCAGUCCUUCAAAGCUUUUCAUCCUGCAGUCCUUUAUGAUCUAAGUUUGAGGCAUCAAAAGUAAAACUCCCUUUGUAUUGAGCAAGUGGCAUUCUGGAGCAAUGUUGUAAGUCUUUCUUUUGGCUUCGUGUGAGUGUGCCCCCACCCUAUUUUUUUGGAGAACAUGAAGGUGCUUUCAGAAAACUUAGUUGAGUCAGCCAAAGUUCUGUUACAGACCUUGUUUUUAGGUAACUGUAAAGGGAAAAUUCAUUCCUGAUCUGUAGUGCAAAAUCCCUUUAUCUUUUUAGUUCUUUAGCUACUGUUUGUGUGUUACGGAUUAUGCAGAUCUUAAAGCUUUUCAAUCCUUUGACUUGUUCCAGUUCAUUUCCUA